AUGGAGUUACUCAUGUGCAUUAAAACUUUUACGCUUAUCCUUUCAGUAUGGAUAUGUCAGUUUUUCCACAGCACGGGAUUGACUAGCAGAACUAUUGGCAAGGAACGAAACGUUGUGGACACCCGAAUCGAUGCGUUAACCUAUCGGUUGCUGUCCCAAAGUGAAAGUGGGGAUGAUAAUAUUUUAGUACGUGAUGAAGGAGAGGGAAUAAAAAGUAAGCUGAGAAAUGUGAAAAAUCUAACCUACCUUAACGAGCUGGAGGAAAUGUUGAACCUUAAAAAGCUGCAAGAAUUCAUGAACCUCAAGGAUUUGGAGAAAAAAUUUGACGUAAAAAAGUUGCAAGACUUGAUGAAUCUAACUGAGCUGAAAGAACUGAAAGAGAAAAUAAACUUGGAGGAAAUUAAAGAAAAAAUGAAUUUAAGCAAAUUAGAAGAAAUAGUAAAAUUGAAUGAAUUAAGAGAAAAAAUAAACUUGGAUCACAUUAAAGAAAAUAUAAAGUCCGAGAAACUUGAAGAAAUAUUUAAGCUACAAGAACUGAAAGAGAAAGUAAACUUGGAGGAAUUAAAAAAAACCAUGAAAUUAGACAAACUAGAAGAUAUGAAAGAAAAAAUUAAAUCAAUGAGCUUGGAAGAAUUUAUUAGAAUGAAAGAGCUAGAAGAGAAGCUAAAUUUGAAUGAACGUGAUGGGAAAAUUAAAUCAAAAUAUAAGACAGUCAAAAAAGUUGUGUUAAGUUUUCUGAAGAAGAAUAAAUUUAUUUAUAAAAAGUUACAAUGGAUGCAUAAGCUUGUGCAAAGAAUAGACGCCUAUCUUGAGAAUAAAAUAUUCAAAGAGCUCCGCUACAUAGAUAAGUGGGAGAACAACCCCAACAUUGACUCGGGCAUCUACACCAGAAUAAAGCUUACCAGCUACGGUAAGUUGUUGGCAUUGCCGUUUCUGGUGUUAUUAAUUGGGUUAAUAUGUUUUUCGGGUAAAAGCGCAUACGUAUGGGCAAUGCUAUUAUGUGGCCUGGCUGGUGCAAUGUUUGUUUAUCUCUUCAUUAAAACGGUAAAGUAUGAACUCGCCAGCGUGGGUAUAUCUGAACCCACUAUGAAAGAAUAUUACCAUGCAAGCCAAUAUUACCUAUUGUGA